AUGCCUGGCGACAGAGAGGACGAGAUUUGUCAAAAGGCACUAGAACUCCUAUCGGAUCUGUGCUCUAAAGGUGAAGUGCAGAACGAGAAUUGCUUGGAUUUCAUUUACUAUUUUCGAGAUCUUGCCAGGCCGAGGUAUUCGGAUUCAGGUGUGUCUGUGAGCCUGCUGUCACUUGUUGUCACUGCCUGUGGCCUGGCCCUGUUUGGUGUCUCUCUCUUUGUCUCCUGGAAGCUUUGCUGGAUACCAUGGCGCGAGCGUGGGCUUUCUCCCGGUGUCAAAGAUGGGCAGUCCAAUCUCCCUGCUCCCCCUCCUCUGCAACCACAGCCCAUCUACACGGAAGUGGAUGCCACACUCGAGCGCCGGAACACCAUUCGUGGAUCAGUGGUGAAGGAAAAAGUAGUGACCCCUACACCAGCAUCGCCACCACCGCCUUCUUCUCCACCCCCUGUAGCCAUUCCAGAGGCAUCCAUGAAGAUCAGUCACACCUCGCCUGAUAUCCCACUUGAGGCUGAAUCAAAAAGCGGGGAAAACUGUGUCCAUGGCAGUGCACGGAUGCAGAGGCAGAUCACUGAUCCAUCUUCUUCUUCCGUCUGGUCAGCAUCCUCACAUACAGAAAUAGGACAAAACUCCAUGCGCCGCCAGAUGAACCUGUCUAACCCUGACUUCAACGUGGCGCAGUUUCAGAGACAGGAUUCUUUGACUGGCAUGAGUUUGGGACGGCUGAAACCAGAGCUGUACAAGCAGCGCUCUCUGGAUGGAGAAGAGAGCCGAGGGGGUAGAGGAGGCAACUGUGGCCGACUCCACUUCGUGCUCAAGUACGAUUGUGAUCUAGAGCAGCUCAUCGUCAAGAUUCACCGUGCCGAAGACUUGCCUGCCAAAGACUUCUCAGGCACCUCUGACCCUUAUGUCAAGAUUUACCUUCUCCCUGAUCGCAAGACAAAGCACCAGACUAAAGUACAUCGAAAGACUCUGAAUCCUGUGUUUGAUGAGGUCUUCCUCUUUCCCGUGGCAUAUGCAGAGUUGCCCACACGGAAACUUCACUUCAGCAUCUAUGACUUUGACCGCUUCUCCCGCCAUGACAUCAUUGGACAGGUAGUUGUGGACAAUUUUCUGGAUUUGGUGGAUUUUCCCAAGGAGGCCAAACUCUGCAGAGACAUUCAAUACGUAUCCUCGGAUAAUGUGGAUUUGGGAGACCUUAUGUUCUCUCUAUGUUACCUACCCACGGCUGGACGACUGACUAUUACCAUGAUAAAGGCACGCAAUCUUAAAGCCAUGGACAUCACUGGAGCCUCAGAUCCAUAUGUGAAGGUUUCAUUAAUGUGUGAUGGCCGUAGAUUGAAAAAAAGGAAAACAUCUACUAAGAGGAACACCCUGAACCCAGUCUACAAUGAGGCCAUCGUGUUUGAUGUUCCUCCAGAGAACAUAGACCAAAUUAGCCUCCUGAUAGCUGUGAUGGAUUAUGACCGUGUAGGUCAUAAUGAGGUGAUUGGCGUGUGUCGGGUGGGUAAUGAUUCAGAGGGCCUUGGCAGAGAGCACUGGAAUGAGAUGCUGACCUACCCCCGUAAACCCAUUGCUCACUGGCACCCUCUUGUUGAGUACCAGGCCACAGGAGGGGGGAGUCAGGGAGGAUCCUGCAACUCCCUGAAAGUACCACCUUCUCCAUAG